CACAAUGAAACUGCAGUGCCUGGCCUGCCUGAGCUGAAAGACUGAAAAAAGCUGAAGAGGUGCUUCUGAACCUCGUCGUCUUUCUCUUGCAUCUUCAACCUGUGAGAAGUCUCCAACAAACACAUUAAUCAAUCGCUCGGGCUUUAGGGUUUUUGUGCGCAUCUGGAUCUGUGAGCAAUUCAGAUGGUUUCGGACGACGUCGUAGAUAGCUUGGAGAAAGGGUUACUAUCCGAAACUGCAAAUGAAGCUGAAGAUGAAAUAGUUCUGUAUUCAGCUUCGUUUCAGGAGAUGGAGGAGAAUUAUGUGAAGUACCAAACAGCACAAUGGCUUCUUUACUCUUUGCUUUUAAUAUUGGCAUGGGGAAUUGGGUUCUUCAUGCUGCUUUAUUUACCAGUCCGAAGAUACAUUUUGCGCAAGGAUAUUCGGUCCAGAAAGCUCUAUCUCACUCCCAAUGCCAUUGUCUACAAGGUUACCAAGCCAGUUCCAUUUCCAAUUUUUGGGGUGCUGAAGAAAGAAAAGCAUGUUUUGUUGCCUUCAGUCGCUGAUGUUGUAAUUGAGCAAGGAUAUCUGCAGUCUCUCUAUGGUGUCUACUCACUUAGAAUAGAGCAUGUUGGUGUCAGAAGGCCACCAAGCGAUGAUGUUCAAAUCCAUGGCAUUGCAAAUCCCAGUGCUUUCAGGAAGGCUGUCCUCAUGCGCCUGUCAAGCAUGACGAAUGAGGUUUUCUCUAGACAAGUUUCCACGCUCGAAGACAUUCCCAAUUUGAGGCUUCAGAUGUCUCCGUCAAAGCCCCUCAGGUAUGGGGAUCUAACACUACUGCAGAAACUUGAUGAAGUUGGAAGUUCUGUGAAGAGAGUUCAAACGUUACUUGAGGAGCACCCUCCAACAUCAGAACCUAUAGAAUGAAAUGUGCCGUUUCCUAUGUUUUGGAUCUAGUAUGUGACGCAGGAUAUGCAGGACGGCUGUAAUUUCACAUCAGGCCUUUCCCCGGUACAACAUGUGUGCACGCCCAUACCAUUUUAUCAUCACCUAUCUCAGCUGACAAUCCAGCAGUGCAAUUUACAACCCCACAAACAUGAGAUAUGCUUCCAACGUGUCUGUUGGUGAUUUUGGUGUACUUUGUAUCUUAUCAUUUGCAAAUAUAGAAAUUGUCCCGUGUAAAAAAAAAUUUAUGAUUCUCCCCAUUGGGGUUUGUUGUGUGCUGUUCUUUUAACGAAAAAGAUUUCCUUUUUGUUUUCA